AUGGUGGCAUAUACACGAUAAGAACAUUUCCGAAAGAUGUUAACAAACAUUACUACAGACGGGUUACUUCAUAUAGAAAGCGUUUGAUAGUAAGUGCCUAUAAUACCACAGAAUAUUAGGCGCCAUUAUUGUUAGUAAGAGACUCAUAAUGUCUAACAGCAUGAAUGGAACCAACAAUGGACUAGCUAACAGUUCCAGGAAUGGUAACCAUACAUUUGGCCUUCCAGUAGUCGACCCAGAGAAGCUGAAGAAUCGACUGUACUCCUAUGCUCCACAGCAGACCUCAGUCAACAAAAAUGCUCUGACAUUCAAACGCAUCACACUAGCACAGCAGGUUACACGAUCGGUACCGACAGCUCCAAAGCUUGAACCAUUGCCUGGAUUAGCUAGAUUUCAAAACUGGAAUAAACCUGAUAACAUACGACAGAGGGCAGCAGAGGCAAAUGAGCUCAUUCAAGCUCAGAAAUCGUUAGAGGAACCCGAGAAGAAAAAAAGCAGGAAGACUUACUCGGUAGAUCCACUUGAGCGGUCCCUGAGUGGUUCCUCAUUACCUGAAUUACCAAGUGAUUUGCAGAAAAAACAGGAUGCAUUUGAUCAACGAUCCCCCACCCCACCAUCUAUCCCCCGUCGACCAAGUCCAAAGGGGCGUGUUCACAAUAGAGGUUUCACAGUCAGCAUCCCGAUCUCACAGGAGGUUGAAGAGUUAGAAGGAGUUACAGACAUCCUGGAGAUACUGCAGCUUGUGCGUGAUAAGCCACGUCUGGGCUUUCUUUACAUGACGCCUGCUGUACCAAAGUCCUCUAUUCAGUACCAUCCAUAUAACCUCAAAAUUGUAACCCACAAAAACACAAACCCCUCUGAUCACUACACAAUCAGUAGGAAGGGUGUAACGCACAUGCGUAACAGUGAGGCAGAAUUCACUGAUCUGGACCGAUGGGAGCAAGAAUACAGAUACUUCAUGCAAUUAGUCAAAAUACCAACAUUUGCACUGUUCCGCAAGUGGAAGGCUUUUGUCACCUGGAAGAAGAAUGUUCGGUCUCGUAAGAUUGCAAGUUGCAAGAAACGGCUACAGGAGAAUCUUUUCAUAGUAAAUCCAUCUCUACGACCAGCUGUGCUGAAUGUGCGUGAGAUGUGUUACCGCAUCAGUGAUAUGGGACUCUGUAAGGUAGAGAAAGGCAGGACGUACACCUUAGAACACUUCACUGGAGCUCAGUUUGUACAACUUAAUGAGGUUUCUGGUAGAUUAGCUGAGUUCCGUGAACUGGUGAAGGAGGUGGUUCGAAGCGCAUGCCGUACAGCUUUGUUGGAGGCUGGUUUCACUCCUGACGAUUAUUUCUUUGACUCUGAAAGCCCAACAGGAGAUGAUGGAUUUCCUCCAGGAACUGCAGCUUCUAGCUACCUCCAAGGUAACUUUGAUUUGGACAUCUAUGGAGAUGCUCCGGAUAAGAUGACCUACACAGAGCAGGCUAACAAGAGAAGCCAUUGCCGUAGAUUAACAUGUUUUAUUCGACUUGCUGAUUACCUGAUUGUGAAUACAAUGCAUGUGCUAGCUGUUAACUCUGUGACAACAUUGUUAAACUAUCUCAAAGAACAGUUGCAGAACACACCGACACUUGCUCAGAUCCAGGGGAAAGAAGAAUCUGAUGAAAUGGCAGAAAAAGAUGAAGAUAAGGUAAUAAAUGACAUGCUGCCAAAGUUGGCCAAGAAACAAGUGGACACAUCGAUUGCUGAAUCCCAGGAUGCCCAAUAUAAGUUGGAAGUAAUACCAACGACGACCACCGAAUUUGUUGAGAGCUUGGUAUUCCUGGAUGAAAUCCAGUUGAGAAUUGAUGGUCUUGAAUCAGAAGCAUUGGUCAUUAAAGAAAUGUAUGAACUCAUCGACAAGUACGAGGUUCCCACUCCUCCGGAGGAUUUUGCUGUCUAUCAGACUUUGUCUCCCUCAGUGACUGCAGUGCGCAAUGCAAUUGACAAAUCAGUUGGUGAAAGAGACUCUAACAUUGAUAAAUUUUGUACUCAUUUGGAUAAGGACAUCAUGGAUUUGAACAAAGAAGUGAAGAGUGUUAAGCAGGAGUCUCAGAACCCGCUGAUUCUUGAUGUAAGCGCAGAUGUGGUAAAAGUGACCUCAAUUCUUAACAAAUUGGGUGACAAGUUGGACGAACUUCAGAAACAUGCCUUCCAGUACAAGACAUAUCAGAAGAACUUCAAGGUUGAAGUGACCAAGUAUGAGGAGCUGGAGGAAACACAUGCUGAGUUGAAGCUGAAACAAUUGCUGUGGAACUCAUUGGAGGAAUGGGAUGUUAUUUCACAGGAUUGGACUGAGAAACCAUUUGAUGAUAUAGAUCCUGAGACUAUUUCAGGGACUGUACAGAAAUAUGGCAAGUCUGUGUACCAACUGGAAAAGGGACUUCCUCCAAAUCAAGUUGUGCCAAAACUUAAAGCAAAAGUUGAAGACAUGAGGGAAAAGCUCCCUGUUAUCACUAACCUCCGCAACCCUGCCUUGAAGCAAAGACAUUGGGAUACAAUUGAGAACAUCUUAGAUCAUAAAUUCACUUCAGAUGAAGUUCUUAAUCUAGGCCUCCUGACUCAAUUAGAUGCCUUCCAGUUUACUGAGGCCCUGGAAGAAGUUUCUGGACAAGCAUCAAGUGAAGCAUCACUUGAAAGUCUGCUGAAAAAGGUUGAAGAUGCAUGGAAGACGACAGAGUUUAUUGUAUUGCCACAUCGUGACUCCAAAGAUGUCUUUAUACUCGGUGGUACUGAAGAGAUCCAGGUUCUUCUCGAUGACAGUACGGUUAAUAUCUCCACAAUUUCCAGCUCAAGGCAUGUUGGACCAAUCAAACCUCGUGUUGAAGAAUGGGUGAAGAACUUGGAACUGUUUAACAAAACUUUGGAGGAAUGGCUAAACUGUCAAAGAAACUGGUUGUAUCUAGAGAGCAUCUUCAGUGCUCCUGACAUCCAACGUCAGCUUCCUGGUGAAGCCAAGAUGUUUAUGCAGGUGGACAAGUCCUGGAAGGAGAUUAUGAGAAAAGCAAACCGACUGCCGCUAGCAAUGCGUGCUGCCACACAACCAGGACUACUUGAGACCUUCCAGAAUAAUAACUCCCUGUUGGAUCAGAUCCAAAAGUGCCUUGAGCAGUACUUGGAAUCCAAAAGAGUUAUCUUCCCAAGAUUUUACUUCUUGUCCAAUGAUGAGUUAUUGGAAAUACUUUCCCAGACAAGAAAUCCACAUGCUGUCCAACCACAUCUGCGCAAAUGCUUUGAUGCCAUUGCUCUUUUGGAGUUUGGUUCUGCUGUUCCUCAGUCUAGUGAAGGAAAGUUAUCUCCAACUGGAGAGAAAGAGGCUGAAGCUGCUAAAACCAGCACAAAUGACAUCCUUGGCAUCAUAUCGCCAGAGAAUGAAAAGGUUGGUCUAGGCAAAGGUCUGAAAGCUAGAGGAAAUGUAGAAGAUUGGCUGGGCAAGGUUGAAGAAGCUAUGGUUACCUCUUUGCGUAAGAUCACCAAAGCCUCUCUUGCUGACUACAGCAGCAGACCUCAUGAGGAGUGGCUGACAUUGUACCCAUCACAGGUCGUACUCACAGUCUCCCAAACUGUGUGGUGCCGUGAUCUCAGUGCUGUGCUUGAGGGAGACUUUGAUCGUCAGGAAGCACUCAAAGAUUUUGAGCAGAAGUGUAUCAAAAAUUUGAACGGUUUAGCGGCCAUGGUUCGCGGACAGCUACCAAAGCUUGUCCGUAAUGUGCUAUGCGCGCUCAUCACAAUAGAUGUCCAUGCACGUGAUAUUGUCACAUCCAUGGUAAAGAACGAUGUGAAUAAUGUGAACAACUUUGAAUGGACAAAGCAACUUCGCUACUACUGGGAUUUAGACCUCGAUAACUGCGUAGUCAGAAUGUCAACAUCACAGUAUGUAUACGGAUACGAAUAUCUUGGGGCGUCAGCAAGACUCGUAAUCACUCCAUUAACUGAUCGUUGUUACCUGUGCCUUAUGGGAGCACUCCAGCUUGACCUUGGUGGCGCACCUGCUGGCCCGGCCGGUACAGGCAAAACCGAGACAACAAAAGAUCUCGCCAAAGGUCUAGCCAAGCAGUGUGUGGUCUUCAACUGCUCCGAUGGCCUGGACUAUAAGAUGAUGGGCAGGUUCUUCUCAGGUUUGGCCCAAUCCGGUGCUUGGUGCUGUUUUGAUGAGUUUAAUCGUAUCUACAUUGAGGUGUUGUCUGUAAUUGCCCAACAGCUUAUAACCAUCAGAAACGCUAAGGCAGCAAAGGUAACAAGGUUCAUGUUUGAAGGACGUGAAAUUAAAUUGGUGGCAAGUUGUGCUGCAUUCAUCACCAUGAAUCCAGGUUAUGCCGGCCGUACAGAGUUACCAGAUAACCUUAAGGCUCUGUUCAGACCCAUUGCAAUGAUGGUACCCGAUUAUGCUCUAAUCGCUGAGGUGAUCCUCUACUCUGAAGGUUUUGAGUCUUCACGCACCCUAGCAAGGAAGAUGACGCAGAUGUACAAACUGUGCAGUGAACAAUUGUCUCAACAGGAUCAUUACGAUUUUGGCAUGCGUGCUGUCAAAUCUGUGCUGGUUAUGGCCGGAUCACUUAAGCGUGACAACCCUGAUCUUGGCGAGGACAUUGUACUCAUUCGAGCUCUCAGGGAUAGUAACUUACCCAAGUUCCUGGCAGAUGAUGCUGUCCUGUUUGGGGGUAUUCUUUCUGAUUUGUUUCCGGGUGUUGUUCUGCCUGAGCAUGAUUACGGAACUCUGCAGAAGUUUAUUGUGCAGACGAUACUUGAUAAGGGCUUGCAAGCUGAAGAUUGCAUCAUCAAGAAGGUUAUCCAAUUGUAUGAGACGAUGAUUGUCCGUCACGGUGUCAUGUUGGUGGGGCCAACUGGAGGGGGCAAGACUACCGUGUAUGAGGUUCUUGCAAAGACAAUCAUUGACCUGCAUCUAGCUGGUGAAGACAGUCCGUAUUACCAACCAGUACACACCUAUGUGAUGAACCCGAAGUCAGUCAGCAUGGGUGAGCUGUAUGGAGAAAUCAACACUCUCACUCUGGAAUGGCAAGAUGGACUCAUGGCAACUAUAGUCAGACAGGCUGUCAAUGACACAACAGAGGAUCAUAAAUGGAUAAUCUGCGAUGGACCUGUGGAUGCGCUUUGGAUUGAGAAUAUGAACACUGUACUGGACGACAACAAAAUGUUGUGCUUAGCCAACUCAGAGCGUAUCAAAUUGACAAACUCAAUUCACAUGGUGUUUGAAGUGCAGGACUUGGCUGUUGCAUCUCCAGCCACUGUUAGCAGGUGUGGUAUGGUGUAUAUUGAUCCUGGUGAGUUAAAGUGGAUGCCUUAUGUACGAACCUGGAUGGCCAAGUUCAAGAACAUGUUGAAAGAAGAGACAUUCCAGUUCAUCAAUGACCUUUUUGAGACUUACGUAGAAGAGGGCCUAAAAUUCGCCACAAAGAAAUGUUUCCAAGCUAUCGUACAGGUUGAUAUCAACAAGGUAGCAACACUUUGUUGUCUGCUAGAGGAGCUUCUUUUCCAGAAAGGCCGCAGCAAGAUUGACCUGACAAUGGACACAAACAAACUUCAUCCCUUAAUUUGCACAACAUUUGUGUUUUCGUACGUUUGGGCUGUUGGUGGGAACCUACUGGACAACAGUUGGGAUGCCUUUGAUUCGUUUGUUAGAAAUCAAUUUGAGGAUAAUGGUGAAGCAAAACUUCCACAAAAUGGUGACCUGUGGAGUGCGUACAUGGAUUUUGACACAAAGCGCAUGGACAUGUGGGAGAAGAUUAUUCCGACUUUCAAAUAUAAUCCGGAAGUUCCGUUUUUCGAGAUGUUGGUUCCAACUUUGGAUACUGUUCGGUUUGGUUACAUGAUGGAGAAACUGUUAGCUAUUGGACGUUCAGUACUAUUUACUGGAACAACAGGAGUUGGCAAGUCUGUUGUUGCAAGAGGUCUUCUUGAUGGCAUUGCAGAGCAAUCUAGCUAUGUCCCAGUCUACAUGAACUUCUCUGCACAGACCAGCAGCAUAAGGACCCAGGAGAUUAUUGAAAGCAAACUGGAGAAAAAGCGGAAAAAUAUAAUUGGUGCUCCGACAGGUAAAAGGGUCAUAAUCUUUGUUGAUGACCUGAACAUGCCUAAACUGGACACAUACGGAUCUCAACCACCAAUUGAAUUACUCAGACAAUUCCAAGAUUUCAAAGGCUUUUAUGAUCGGGAGAAGCUAUUCUGGAAGGAUAUUCAGGAUGUGACACUUGUUGCAGCAUGUGCACCACCUGGGGGUGGUCGUAAUCCUGUCACUCCGCGUCUGAUGCGCCAUUUUAGUAUGUUUUGCAUUCCAGUGGCGACAGAUCAUACACUCAAGCAUAUAUUCAAGUCAAUUAUAAGUGGGUUCUUCCAAGAAUUUGCACCGGCAGUGAAGCAAUCUGCAGAGGCAAUUGUCGGCGCUGCUGUUGAGAUCUACGGCCGUAUGAGCACGGACCUGUUGCCUACGCCGGCCAAGUCCCAUUAUGUCUUUAAUUUGAGAGAUUUAUCUAAGUGUGUCCAAGGUGUAUUGCAAGCUGAUCCUAGUAUAAUCAGAGAUCAGACAGCCAUUUUCCGGCUUUUCUGCCAUGAAUGUCAGCGUGUUUUCCAUGACCGUCUUAUAAAUCAGGCAGACAAGAACUUUUUUAAUGAGAUCACUGCAGAGAUGGCCAGCAAACACUUUGGCCAGAAUGUUGAGCCUGAAUCUUUUGUGACAAAACCAAUUAUUUUUGGAGAUUUUAUGAAGAUGGGAGCAGAUCCAAGCGACAGAUUCUAUGAGGAUAUCACAGAUCUGAAUAAACUAAAGACAGUCCUGAAUGAUUAUCUUGAUGAUUUCAACAUGAGCUCUUCAAAAGAAAUGAAACUUGUAUUCUUCUUGGAUGCCAUGACCCAUGUUGCUAGGAUUGUCCGCAUGAUCCGCCAGGAAAGAGGAAAUGCCCUGCUAGUUGGCGUAGGGGGUACUGGAAAACAGUCACUGACACGCUUAGCCUCCCAUAUCUGUGGAUACCAAUGCUUCCAGAUAGAGUUGAGUAGAGGCUACAACUACCAGUCCUUCCAUGAUGAUCUUAAAAAGCUAUACAUGCUUGCAGGGGUUCAGAACAAGAAUACAGUCUUCCUUUUCACUGACACACAGAUUGUUGUGGAAGAAUUCCUUGAAGAUAUUAACAACAUUUUAAAUUCUGGAGAAGUGCCAAACUUAUUUGAAUCUGAUGAGUAUGAACAAGUGAUCAUUGGAACAAGACCAGCAGCAAAGGAGGCCGGUAUCCCAGAAGGCAAUCGAGACGAAAUCUUCACAUAUUUCAUCAACCAGGUUCGCAGGAACCUUCACAUUGUGCUUUGCAUGAGCCCGGUUGGUGAUUCAUUCCGUGCACGUUGUAGGAUGUUCCCAUCACUGGUGAACUGUUGCACAAUUGACUGGUUCACUGAAUGGCCAGAAGAAGCUCUUUUGUCUGUUGCAACUAACUUCUUUGAACAUGAGAAUCUUGGAGCUGACGAUAUGAAGGAGAAGAUAUCCAAUAUGUGUGUUGAGAUCCAUACCAGUGUGAGCAGCAUUGCAGAGCGUUUUUACUCUGAGCUUCGUCGACGCUACUACACGACACCAACUAGCUACCUUGAACUUAUCAACCUCUAUCUCAGCAUGCUGGAUACUAAACGAAAGCAACUAGUCAAUGCAAGAGAUCGUGUAAAAAAUGGACUCACUAAAUUACUAGAGACAAAUGACCUCGUGGCUGAAAUGGAGGUCACACUGACAGCUCUCGAACCUGAGUUGAAGAAGAAGUCUGCAGACACAGAACUGCUGAUGGAAAAGUUGUCAGUUGAUCAAGAAAAGGCAGAUCAGGUACGUAAAGUAGUGUUGGAGGAUGAAGCUGUAGCCAAGGUGAAAGCAGAGGAGACGCAAGCCAUCGCUGAUGAUGCUCAGAGGGAUCUCGAUGAGGCACUGCCUGCCCUUGAAGCUGCUCAGAAGGCCCUUGAUUCACUGAACAAGAGUGACAUAGCAGAGUUGAAGGUGUUUAGCACGCCACCUGAUCUUGUCAUGACCGUGAUGGAGGCUGUCUGUAUUGUGCUCUUUGUGAAACCUGAUUGGCCGAGUGCUAAAGGGUUGCUAGGUGAUCCAACCUUUUUAAAGAAACUGAUGGAAUAUGAUAAAGACAACAUCCCAGAUUCUCUGUUGAAGAAACUCAAAAAGUACAUUGAUAACCCCAAGUUUGUUCCUGAUAUUGUUGAGAAAACCUCAAAGGCAUGCAAGUCAAUGUGUAUGUGGGUGAGAGCUAUGGAUCUGUAUGCCAAGGUGUUUAGGACAGUGGAACCUAAAAAGAAAAGAUUGAAAGAAGCUGAGGAGGAGCUUAGCAACACUAUGGCUGUUUUGAAAGAGAAACAGGACAAACUAGCAGAGGUAGAAGGCAAGAUUGCAGAGCUCCAAGCCUCGUACGAGGCCAGUGUUAAUGAGAAAGAAUCCCUGAAGAGGAAUAUGGCCCAGACUAGCGCUAGAUUGAAACGGGCUGGCAAGUUGACUACUGCAUUGGGUGAUGAACAGAUCCGUUGGCAAGAGAGUGUUAAGGAUUUUGAGAAGCAGAUUGGAAAUGUUGCGGGCAAUGUGUUCGUAGCAGCUGCUUGUGUUGCCUACUAUGGUGCAUUCACAAGUUCCUUCAGACAGGAACUUGUCAACCGCUGGAUGGUUCGAUGUCAAGAGCUGGAGAUCCCAGUCAGUGAAGACUUCAGUCUAAUCAAGGUCCUUGCUGAUCAAUUUGAAAUCAGGCAGUGGAAUUCUGAUGGGUUGCCCAGAGAUACAGUGUCAACAGAAAAUGCUGUUCUGGUUACUAGAGGGCGACGUUGGCCUCUAAUGAUUGAUCCACAAGAUCAGGCCAAUCGUUGGAUUAGAAAUCGUGAGUCCAGAAAUGGUUUGAAGAUUAUUAAGCUGACAGACAAGGAUUUCUUGCGCACUUUAGAGACAGCCAUUCGUAUUGGAUUACCUGUCCUUCUUGAAGAACUUGGUGAAUCUUUAGAUCCAGCCCUCGAACCAAUUCUCCUUAAACAAACAUUCAUGCAGGGUGGUCGUCUCCUGAUACGACUCGGAGAUAGUGACAUUGAUUAUGACAAAAACUUUAGAUUUUAUAUGACAACAAAGAUGGCGAACCCACAUUACCUUCCAGAAGUCUGCAUCAAAGUGACCAUUAUAAACUUCACAGUAACCAAGUCCGGACUUGAAGAUCAACUCUUGAGUGAUGUUGUGAGACUUGAACGACCUGAUCUAGAAGAGCAGCGUAAUCAGUUGAUUGUGCGUAUCAAUGCUGAUCGCAACCAACUGAAAGCAAUUGAAGACAGAAUUCUCAAGUUGCUGUUCGAAUCUGAAGGAAAUAUUUUAGACAAUGAAGAACUGAUAAACACACUCAAUGAAUCAAAGGUUACCUCAGGUGUGAUUACAAAUCGUCUGAAAGAAGCCGAGUCUACAGAGGAGAAGAUCUCAUUGGCCCGGGAGAAGUACCGUGGUGUUGCUUCGCGUGGUUCAGUGAUGUACUUUGUGGUUGCGUCAUUGGCAGAGAUCGAUCCUAUGUACCAAUUCUCCCUCAAGUACUUCAAGAAUCUGUUCAACACUUGCAUUGAAAACAGUGAGAAGAGUGAUGACCUAAUGAAACGGCUUGGGAUUUUGCUUGAGCAGACCACAGUGGCCGUCUACUCUAAUGUUUCACGUGGUUUAUUUGAGGUGCAUAAAUUAGUGUUCUCAUUCAUGCUAUGUGGAGAUAUCAUGCGCCUGGAUGGCAAGAUAACUGAUAACGAGUGGAACUUCUUCUUAAGAGGUGCCGCAGUGGUUGGCCAGGACGAAAAAGUGAAGCCAGAUAUUCCAUGGUUGACAGAAGCAACAUGGAAAAUUUGCUGCGACCUUGAACAAAAUAUUCCAGCGUUUAAAGGAUUGACCCGUGAUGUGAUUGCCACACCAGUAGCGUGUAGUAUGGGACGAUUACAGGUUCAAGCCAACCCGGAGAAGUGGGAUGGAUAUGGGCCAACUCCACCUCCCUAUGCUCCUCCACCCGAAGUAGAGGGCGACGAAGCUGCACCGCAAGAUGAUGGAAAGGUCAAAGGUCACUGGAAUGAGCGUUUGACAAGCUUCCAAAGGUUGAUGAUGGUUAAAUCAUUCAUGGAAGAGAAGGUUGUGUUUGCAGUCACUGAUUUUGUGAGUGAGAACCUCGGUAAACGUUUUGUUGAGAAUCCUCCGAUUGAUCUUGCGACUCUGUACCAAGACAUGACGCCAUCCACACCGCUGGUCUUUGUUCUUAGCACUGGAUCAGAUCCCAUGGCAGCGUUUCAACGAUUUGCCCGGGAGAGGAAUUACCUGGAUAGAAUCCAAGCAAUCUCUCUUGGCCAGGGCCAGGGACCUGUCGCAGAAAAGAUGAUAGAAGCUGCAGUCAAAAAUGGGGAUUGGAUAUUUCUUCAGAACUGUCAUUUGGCCGCAUCUUGGAUGUUGAGCAUGGAAGAGAUCAUAUUAGCAAUGGGAGAACCAGGUGCAGAAAUCAACCCUGACUUCCGACUCUUCCUCAGCUCCAUGCCCACCAAAGUGUUCCCUGUCUCUGUGCUUCAGAACAGUGUGAAGGUCACCAAUGAACCCCCGAAAGGCCUCCGGGCUAAUAUUCGACGGGCUUUCUUUGAACUAACACCGUCUCAUUUUGAAGAACACAUUCUUGGUAUUAAGUGGCGUAAAAUGAUCUUUGGCGUGUGUUUGUUCCAUGCCAUCAUACAAGAGAGGAAGAAGUUUGGUCCACUUGGCUGGAAUAUUAAGUAUGAGUUUAAUGAUAGUGACAGAAUGUGUGCCCUGGAGAACCUCAAGAUGUUCCUAGAUGAUGGAGAGAUCCCAUGGGAUGCACUGCAGUACAUCACUGGAGAGAUCACAUAUGGUGGCCGUGUAACAGACGCCUGGGAUCAGCGGUGCUUACGUACAAUACUCAAAAGAUUCUUCUCGCCCCAAAUUCUAGAUGAAAAUUACAAGUUUUCUGAAUCUGGUAUCUACUUCUGCCCAGACUAUGAUACCUUGCCAGAAUAUCGGCAAUACAUUGAAGAUUUACCAAUCAUAGACGAGCCUGAGAUAUUUGCUAUGCAUGAAAAUGCAAACAUUGCAUUUCAGAAACAAGAAACAAAGUCCAUGAUUGACACUAUUUUGGAAGUUCAACCUCGUCUGGCUUCUGGAGGAAGUGGCAAGACCAAUGAUGAUAUUGUAUAUGAGCUCGCAGAAAACAUCCUUGGCAAGGUGCCAGAAAAACUGGACAUAGAGAUUGCCAACCAGGAGAUGUUCAAGACUGAUAGUAAAGGACGUACGAACUCAUUAACCACCGUACUCUGUCAGGAGGUUGACAGGUUUAAUGGUCUCCUGAAAGUCAUUAAGAACUCUUUGAGGACCAUUCAGAAAGCUAUCAAAGGAUUAGUGGUGAUGUCAGAAGAAUUAGAAGCUGUUUACAACAGCUUUCUGAAUAACCAAGUACCAACCCUAUGGUCCAAUGCAGCUUACCCCUCCCUCAAGCCACUUGCUUCCUGGGUCAAAGAUCUAGAACUCAGGUGUGGAUUUAUUGGGCAUUGGAUUGAGCAUGGACCCCCCAAGUCAUUCUGGCUGUCUGGGUUCUUCUUUCCUCAAGGUUUCUUAACAGGGACACUUCAGAAUCAUGCAAGGAAAUACGACUACCCAAUUGAUCAACUGACAUUCCGCUUUGAUGUUCUACCUGUCUAUAGACAUCAAGCAGAGGUUGCUGCGCUGAUGGAACAACUCUCAUUUGGACAGAAACUAGAUGCUGAUAAAGAGAAGGUUACUUCUUCAGAUGAUGACGAUCUACCAAAUUUAGAAGAUGGUGUGUUGGUUCACGGACUGUACAUGGAUGCAUCCCGCUGGGACGAUGACUCAAUGCUACUGGCUGACAGCUUUGCUGGUCAAAUGAAUCCUCCUCUACCAGUCAUGAAGAUGGAGCCAGAAAUGAAUUAUGAAGCCAAGCCUACUGAUUAUAUCUGUCCUCUUUACAAGACAGGCUUGAGGGCUGGAACCCUGUCUACAACAGGUCACUCUACAAACUUUGUUGUGGCUGUUCAUUUGCCGUCCAACCAACCUCAAGAUUACUGGAUUUCCAAGGGUUCGGCUCUCCUAUGCCAGCUCAAUGAGUAGAAGCAUUGAAAAGGCUCCCAAAGCUUUGGAUCAGUUCCAUUGUGUAAGCCACUCACAGGUCAGGUCUGCCCAUGGAAGUAUCAGAGAUAAAUAUUAUUCUCUACUUCAGUCUUCACAAUAGCUCCAUAAGACCUCUUUAAGUUUUGAAUGUUCCUUCUCAAAAUAACUAUUUACUCUUGGUUUAGUUUUGGAAAUAUAGUCCUAUAUGCUGUAUGUAUAUUGGUACCAGAUGGCCAAAUAAAGACACACUAUAUUUAAUAUAACGUUUAAACAAAGUAUGAUAAAAUAUGUGUUAAUAAAAGUAUUCUAGUGUUUAUAUAAUAGGUUAAGACUCUUUUUAUUUUUUGCAAUUUUCUCAAGGUGUUUAUACUGAUUUUAUUUGUGAGAUAAUUGUAUUAAACCUUCUGUUGAUUGCUGUGUAUAUCUGUACAGAAUAAGAUAACUAUUAUCCAAAGCUUCGCAAGAAUUUAUCUGCAUUUCUUCCAAAUAUUUUAUGGAAUAUCGCAUACGAAUUUAUCCAUCCAAUUAUCCUUGAAGAACGAAACUGAAUUUUCCGUCCAUUUAUCAUCAGACAAUAAGUAUAGUUUAUGUCCAAUGUACACAUUUAUAAUAACCUUCAAAUUUUUAUAACUAUUCCAAUUGAUUUCAUGCAGAUAGAGAAAAUAUAUAUAUUUUAUUUAAACAUUAAGAAGCGGUGUAAUAUUGUUCGUUUGAUGCCGUCCAAAAAUGAAUAUAUUCUAUUUCACUAAGUUGUCUUUGAGAAUGUUGAAAUUAAAUAAAUAUAAUUGAUAAUAGAAUGAAUGUUAUGUAA